AUGAAGUUCUAUGUCGCGACUCGCAUCGCUCUUCACGAUCAAAGCUUGACCGGGAGCAUUGCCUACCGCGCGCGGCAGCCAAAUGUGCGCGCUCUUACCAGCGAGCUCGGCCAUUGGCUGCCGUCUCCCACGGAGCUCCGCCCACUCGAGCCCAGGCUAUCUAAGGGAACCGGUCUGCCAGCCUUCUGUUCUGUUCCUUUUUGGAUUGAUUUCGCGGAACGCAGUAGGCUUGGUAUUCGCUAUCGUAUCGCUCCUUUGUAUUCGCCUCGCGUUUGUGUAGUGGUACUUUGUUGUGUAUCAUGUCGGAAGGAUAAUGCGCACGUGCACAGCACGUGCUGGGAAAGUGGUGUAACAUCUGGGAAAGUGAAGAAGGAUCACAACAAAGUGGGGAGAGAGCCACGCCGUCGCAUAAAAGCCUUGGUGGCUCGCGGCCGGCGCUAG